GCACUCUUGGUCCUGAUUUCAGGUCCAGGGUUCCAGGGCCAGGCACAAGCUACAAACCCUAACCCAUCCGGAGCACAGGAAAUUUUGGAGGCUGAAGCGGAAGGGGAGAAGACGAUGACGACGAGGGAGCCGCACGAGGCGUCCCGGCGCGACGGGCGCGACCCGCACGGGAGACGCCCCCACUCCUCGUCCAGGUCGCGGAGGGACGAUCCCAGCCCAAGGAGAAGAAGAGAUGACAGGAGGCGUGAAUCGGACAGGUCUCACUACAGAAGUCGAGAUGAAGAGUCUGCGGAGGUGGCUGACCAUGAUCAGAAGAGGGACAGAGAUACUGCACAGGGCGAUGAUCCUCCGAAUGCUGAGUCCAAGUCAGCGAGUGAUGUGAAGAAUGGCCCCUCCACCAGGCAUGAGAGAUCACCUAGGGGAACCAAACGAUUUUCUGAGUCGAGAGAGGCAUCGAGGCCUCGGUCUUUCUUUCAGCACAAUGAGCGUGGAAGUGCUGGGCAAGGUGGUCGGCACUAUGACCGCCAGGCUAGUGACUAUGGAAGGCAAAGGGACCAUCUCUCUGAUAGAGAGAAACAGAAGACCGAGGGACACAGUUUGCAAGGAAAGGUUGAGCUGGACCAGCAAAAGAAGGAUGGUGAUUCAACAUGGAAGCAUGAUGGAUUUUUCCAAUUGGAGGAAGAAGCACCCCUUGCCAAGAAGAGGCCACCAUUUCAGGAGAUGAAGAUACAAGAAUCUGCUGCCACUGUAACAGAACCAGAUUCUAGAUCAAGGAAACUUGAUCAGCCUGGGCUAACUUCUGCAGUGAGAGAAGAAAGGAGAAAUUAUCAUGCACGAGGAUUCGGAAAUCAUCGACCCUUCCUAAGGCCAGACGAUCGAGGCUUCAGAAGGGGGUUUCCUGACCACAGGAGUGAUGGCCAGAGAAAUGGGUAUGAUUCAAGGGGAAGAUUUCCUGGUAGGGGAGGAAUGGACAGAGACAGGUUUAACAAUCCAUAUGGUGGGAGAAGCAACGUAGAGCAGGCUUCUGGUGAUCAAGAAGAAAAAUGGAAGCAUGACCUCUAUGAUCAGACAAACAGGAGCCCACCUCCAAAGACUGAGGAAGAGCAGAUAGCAAAAGUUGAAGCGCUGUUGGCACUGUAGCUAUCUUCUCUACGUCUGGAGUUAUUUUUGUGUGAUGAUAGAUUAUCAUGUACUUGGUUUCAGUUGUGUUGAAUGCUGUCUUUUUUAUUAUAUAUAUUUUACAUAUCUAUGGGGAUUAAGACACCUUAUGAAGUAAUUCCAUUUGGACUAAUAAUAUUGUACUAGACUAUCAUGAGUUUCAUAACGUGAACCAUCAAGGAAAAGUACAAGACAA